AGGAGCUUCGGAAGGAGGAGGAGGAAACGUUUUCCCCGCCUCGUGGGCUGGACGUAGCCAGUGAAGGAGUGAAGGAGCAACCGUUCGCAAGAGAAAAAGGAAAAAUGGCCGCCUGUCUCUAAGAUUCUCUCCUUGCCACCACAAUGCCGCAGCAGCGCGUGCUCCCCCAGAGCAAGGAAACCCUCCUUCAGUCUUACAACAAGAGGCUGAAAGAUGACAUCAAGUCUAUCAUGGAUAACUUCACAGAAAUAGUCAAAACUGCAAAGAUUGAGGAAGAAACCCAAGUUUCUCGGGCAACCCAAGGAGAGCAGGACAACUACGAGAUGCAAGUCAGAGCUGCAAAUAUUGUUCGGGCUGGAGAGUCUCUUAUGAAGCUUGUCUCUGACCUAAAACAGUUCCUGAUCCUCAAUGACUUCCCUUCUGUCAAUGAAGCCAUCAACCAGCGGAACCAGCAGUUGCGCAGCCUUCAGGAGGAAUGCGACAAGAAGCUUAUUGCCCUGCGUGAUGAGAUCUCGAUAGACCUCUAUGAGCUGGAGGAAGAAUAUUACUCUUCCAGCUACAGUCUGUGUGACACCAACGACCUCCCGCUGUGUGAAGCUUAUUGGAGACAGGAGCUGACCAUGUCCUCCCCAGAAGGCCUAGCCAUGCCUCUGGCGGCUGCCAUGAUGGAGGAGAACAUUCCGGCCCCUCAGGGGUCCACUCCUUCUCACCCUCACAUCAACGGGCAUGGAGCAGGCCCGACGGAGCACGCCUGAAAAGGGAGCCUGCGAUUCUCCCCAGCUUUGUUUCGUUUUGACAGUUGAACGUUCCUGUGGUUGCAUCAAGACAACAUUUUCCUGCCCUCCCCAGGCCUUCUUCUCUGGCAGCAGGCCUCAGCUGUAUUUGCAAGAAGCCACAUUUCUCUAGGCACAACCUCACAGGAUAGCCAACCCAGUGUUUCCCAUGGGGUGCCCAGUGCAGUCAAGAUGGGAGGUUUGCUUCUCUUGUGGCUGUGUUUUUAGUGUGCAGACGUUCUUUUAAUGUUCCCUGCCUACGAGAUCCCUUGGGAACUGUGCUCUCUUAGAUGGAAUUUCUUGUGGGGAAAAGUUAGGCUAUUGCUUAUAGUCUGACAUUUUAGUAUCUGAAUGGGAAUUUUAGAGCAGGAGCUGCCUUCAAGGCAGCCCAAGAUGGCAGAAAUUUAAGCCAUUGAAAUUAUUGCCGCUGGGUACAAAAUUAUAAGAAGAGUGUCUUUGUCUACAUGGUCGGUUUCUCUUGAAGGUGCAGAAGCUGUAAACAAAAUGAAAAAACUUGGUGGCCCUAAAUUAAGAACAACUAUUAAAAAGUGAGAAUAUUACGUUUUCAGUACUGUAUUCUUCCUCCGUAUCAGUUGUGUAAGCUAAGACUCACAUCCCUGUCCUGCAAAUACCUACUCUAUUGAGUAGCUUCAGGGAGCAGUGUUCAAGGGUUUUUUUCGACUGAAGGAACAGGCCUUAGUCCGUUCCCCAUACUCCAGUUGCUAGAGUAUUUGGGUUUUUUCCUUCCGAUCAGCUGUAUAAGGAAUUAAAGCCCUAUCAUGUAACUACUUACUGUAUAAACUCAUGCCUCUUUCUACCACACCCUUCUCUGAAAACCAUCUGCUCACACUUUGGUAAAAGUCUGGAUGUGGACCUUAGCAUACAUGUAUUUGAAAACAGGACUGGGCCAUCUAAAACAUUUCAAAACUACUGACAAAACUACUUCCAACCUUUCUUGAAAGAAACCAGAAAAACUGGCCAUGUCUAUGUGCAGCUUCAUGUGAGCUGGUAUCCUCUGUUUUACCUCCACCCAAAUCAGGAGGAGAUUUGUCAGUUUAAGGAUGUGUGUCGGGUGGCUGUUUAAAGGCAGAAGAGAAGUGCCAGUUGAAAAAGAGACCUUAGUUGUAUGUUCAACAUUAGUCUUCUGAUGCCAGUUCACUUGAAAACUUGAUUGUAACAUGUUUGUGGUGUUUUUAAAAGUAGGAUUUUGUGGGGGGGGUGUUUAAUUGAAAAAAUGUGUAUUUCUCUAAUUGUUAACAAAUUGUUUUGAUAAAGUCAAUUUUUAUACAAA